AACAAGCAUAAUGUGAAACUCAAGUCCAGGACCAAAGUUCCUACCCUCAUAUGUGCAAAGCGUCCUGAUAUUUUAAGGACUUUUUAGACACUUCCUAACCGUCUGCGGAUGCAUUGGUACUGAUACCUGGCGGUUGCCCUGUCACAAAAGCCUCCUUAGCCUUUGGCUAUUGCAGGCAGGCGAUGGUCCAAAAGGGCAAGCAAGCGCAAGCUAACAGCGGUGGGCUGAAACAGCAGGGCGCCGAUGAGGGUGAUGCCGCUGCACCAGCGGAUGCGGCAGCCACAGCUUCCAGGCAGCCAUCGGGUGGCGCCGGCGUCGAUGCAGACGCGGUCUUGGACCAACCAUCCAGCGAAGCGCCUGGAGAACCCCCAGCCGCUAGCAAAGCCCCAGCUGGCGAGGACUUGCAACAACCGGAGCCGCAGGGUCAAACCCAGCUGCCGGACGCCUCCCAGCCCGCAGAGCAAGACCCUCCCUCGGCUCCACCCGCCCUAGCCAGGUCUGGCUCCGCACGGGGUGGACGGGCAGUACCGCGGCGCAACACACGCAGCUCUGGGGCGGACACCGCGCCAGCGGACGGUCCCACUGUCCGCGCAACCCGCUCUAGAUCUGCCGCCGCAGCCGCUGCAGCAGCGCCGGUGGGCGGCGGGGAGGCAGCCGUCAGAGCUGCUGCGGCAGGCGAGGAGGGCCCAGGGGGAGAGGACUCCUCAGAGGAGGGGCCCAGCGCUCGAGGCCGGACCCGGCAAGCCAGUCCAGAUGGAGCCGGGGGCGAGGGGGCGGCGGAGGAGGCGGUAGGGACCCGCAAGCGGCCGCCCACGCGAGGGGCCGCUGGGAAGAAGGCCGCCGCAGCGGGUGGCGGUGGAGGCGGAGGUGAGGCGGAGGAUGGCGCAGCCGCUGAUGCCAGCGAGGCGCCGGAGCUGGGCACCCGCCGUAGCAGCCGCAAGCUGUCAGCCGUGGGUUCGCCGGCAGCUGCCGCCGCGGCGGCGGGCGCCAAGGGGCCGGGCGGAGCGGCGGCGGCGGAGGAGGCUGCUGUCGGUGCCGGCGGGGAGCCAACAACAGCGGAGGCGGAGGCGGAGCCGCAUGUGGAGGAGGAGGAGGCGGAUGGCAGGGGGACCCGAGGGAAGGCUGCGGGCGGUGGGCGGAGCGGCGGUGCAGGCGCGCGGGCAAAGCGGCAAUAUGGGCAGGGCCGUGGCGGUAAGGGUGGGGGGCGGAAGGCGGCAGCCGGGGCGGAUAGGGGUGCGGAGGAGGAGACGGAGGUGAAGGGCGAGGGACAAGCGGAGGCAGCUGCUGAAGCGCAGCAGGACGCUGGGCCGUCAGGGGCGGCAGCGGAGGAGGGCGCUAGGACGGCGGAGGUGGGGGCUGCAGCGGCGGUGCAGCCGAAGAUUGAGGACGCCAUGAUGGCUGAAGCGGCGGAGGCCCCAGCCGCUGCUCCGUCCACCGCCCAGCGGCCCAAGCGGCAGCGCUCCGAGGGCCCUCAUGCGGUGUCACCAACGGCGGGGGCGGGGGCAGCGGGGGCGCCCGGCGGUGCGGCUGCUGACGUGGAGGGCGAUGAGGGCGCGGGUGCUGGUGGCCGCCGAGCUGCCAAGCGGCAGAGCAUCAAGCCGGCGUCGGAAGCAGGCGGCGCCGCGCCGCCCAGCAGGGCCGUCCUGGCACCUGCGGCCACCGCGCCCGCCGCCAUGCCCUCCUCCGCAGCACACCCACCCGCCGCAACCGACGCAGCCGCCGCCGCCGCGGGCGGCGGGGGCUCCGAGGAGCAGGUGCUAACCGAGCUUGCGGCUCGCAUCGAUGCAGCACUCAGGAAGCUGGAGGCGGCGCGAGCGAUCGAGGCUGAGGUGGCCCGGGAGCUGCACGGCGCCGCGCAAUCCAUUUUUGACCUGCCGUACAGCUUUGACGCGUACCGCAACUCCAAACUGGGCAAGUCGGUGGUGAAGGCGAGUAGGGUUGACGGCAGCGGCGCCGCGGCGAAGGCUGGCGGGAAAGGGACAGGUUCCGGCGCCGGCGGCGGUGGUGGCGGUGGUAAUGGCAGCGGAGGGGCGGCGCCUACGCUGGUGUCUGCGGCAGCGGACAUGCGGGGUAUCAUCCAGGCGGUGUCGGCGCUCAACAAGUCGAGUACGACCAAAACCACGCAGCCGCUGCGCGCAACCAUGCAGGCGGACCAGCAUGCAUCCCCCGCAGCACCCGCACCCGCGGCCGGCGGGGCUGCGGGCGGCGCGGGAGCAGCCGAUGGCAACCCAGCAACACAACAACAAGGAGGAGGAGUGCCGGCGGCAACACCGGCCCCGGCAUCACAGCUGCCCCCGCAUAAUGUCGUCGCGGCGUUCGCACCCACCGGCGAACCGCUGCGCGACAAGGCCAUUGUCGUACUGGAAAGCGCGUUGUCGGGUACGACAAAGAUACAUCCGCUAGAUGCGGCGCUGGCUAUAGAGGCCCAGCUGCUGCAGCAGUUUGGGGAGCAGCCGCCGGCGGGGAGCGGUGGUUCCGCAGCCGGGGGGGCUGCGACUGCGGCGAAUGGUAUUACCGGUGGCGGCAGCGGCAGCAACAGCGGCCAUGCAGGCGGAGCGCCCAGCGGUACGGCAGCAGCGGCGACAGGGGCAGCGCUGGUUCCGGGGGAGGCUUACCUGUCGCGGCUGCGGUGGCUGUGUGAGGUGCUGGCGCCCGAGGGGCCGCUGCAUGCUCCCGAGGUGGCGCGACUGGUGCUGGAGGGGCGGGUGGGCGCGGAGGAGCUGGUGGGGUUUGAGGCGGGCAGGAAAUAGGUGCAGAAGUAAGAGAGGUGCAGCAACCGGGGCUCCAAUCCAAUAUCCUGAUUAGGCGGGCAGACAGGCGGCGGUGGCAGGGGCCGGGCAAAGAGGAAACAACUAACUGACUGAGGGACUGAUAUGGCAGGGGCGGGGCAGCAGGCUGGAAAGCAGUGGUGAGGGUGGUGGGAUGGGGUGGGUAGGAAGGGUGAUGCGGCGAAGGGCGGUAACGAAUGAGUGGUAGCGUGAGGUUUGCAGCAGCUGUGGCGAGGGGUACUGGGAGUGCGUUGGCAUCAAGGGUGCAGGCGCUCGUAAGAGCGAUAGGAUGUGUGGUUUUAGCAUAGAAAUAACAGUAUUUUUAUUGGGUAUCCGGCCCCAAUAAUUGCACGAGUUGGGGCCGGAUGCCAAGAGUGGUUUGCAAGCGACUUGGGGCUGACAUGUUGCAGUGGUGGGCUUCCUGUGCGUCGGUGAAAGGUCGGUUAGGGCGGUUAGGGACGCAUUGUAUAAAAGUAUCGUUGAUGACUCGAAUCUAUUAAAUUGAAGGGCUUAAACUACCUAAACUGCUAUGGCUAAUGAUACGACACAGGUCGGGCACAGCACGCACGUCAUGCCGGAGCCUUUAAAGUGGUU